GAUGCUACCUCCGGAGUUUGAGCGGCGUGCAUCAGUUUGCUCACUUUUCUAUUUGCCUGCUGCUGCCGCUCCGUUCCGUCAUGGACGCAACCGGUAGCUACCACGAAGCCAUCGAUAUCAAGGAGAAGCGCCUCCAGGACGAGGGCCUCGACAACAGCCUCCCUGCGGAUGUCCUCGACCAGAUCAAGGAGUACCGCAACGUCAUCUACUGGUCGCUGCUCUUCCUCGAGGGCUCGGCCAUGUGGGCCUACUACUCGUGCUUGACGGCCCAAGACUACUACGCCAGCACCUUCCCGGACGUCAAGUUUGCCUUCUUGACGACUCCUGUCUUGACGUGGCCGCUCACGCUCGGUCACAUCAUCCAGAUGUGGUUUGGUCUCGACCGCUCGCUCGGCAACAUGAAGCGCGUCAUCAUCGGCUACUUUGUCUUUGGUCUCUGCUGCAUCCUCAUCAUCGUGCAAGGCUACCUUGACAUGAGCCAGACGGCGGGUGCCACCAUGGUCUUGAUCUGCUUUGGCUGCGUCGGUGCGGCCCAGUCGCUCACCGAACCGACGUUCUAUGCAGUCGCAUCGCUCUUCCCGGAUGCGCACUUUACGAACGCGAUCCAGGUCGGCAACGUCGCGGCCGGUGUCCUCAACGUCGUGUUGGCUGCGCUCAUCCACUUGGCGGUUGGUGGUAUCCACGACACGGACCCGGCCAGCAGCGUCAAGCUCUCGUUCUUCAUCUUUAUGGUGCUUUUGUUUCUCAUCUCGGUCGGUGCCAUCAUUGUCUACCACCGCCUUGAGAAGAUCCCGUGCGUGCGCUACCUCCUCGACCGCGCGGCGACCGACCACGUCAAGAACGGCGAAGUGUCGCUGCCGCAGCUCUGGUCCAAGUUCUUCCGCGUCGGCAAGGUCAUUGUGGUGCCCAUGGUUGCGCAGUUUAUGCUCUUCUUCUGCAGUUUGGCGAUCUUCCCGGGUAUCGGUAUCUCGUCGACGUUCAAGCUCAAGUCGGUCACGUCGUCGCCGGGUGCCCCGUGGAUCAUCUCGCCGGGUGUCGUCGGUCCGUUCAACGUCGGUGAUCUCAUCGGUCGUCUCGCCUCGACAAAGGCCGCGAUCAAGUUCUUCUCGAUGCGGUUCUGCUUUGUCUUUUCGUUCUGCCGGUGGGUGUGGCUGCCGCUCCUGCUGAUGACAGCAUCCACCAACUCGCUGUAUGCAUUUGGGGACUCGCAGUGGGGCGCGUACGCAUUUUUGCUGGUGCUCUACUUGCUCUUGGGCGUCACGGGGGGGCUCUUCUCGACGGUUACGAUGGGCAUGGGUCCGCUUCUGGUGCCGCAGGAAGACCGCGAAGCUGCUGCGGCGCUCAUGGUCAUGUUCCUCUUCCUCGGCAUCUCGAGCGGCUCGACGUUUGGGUGGGGUAUCAGCAACAACCACUGGCUCGGUCUCUAAGCGACCCGUGGUACGACUCGGCAAACGACAACGCGUGCCAAGUAGGACGAAUAAGACAAUAAAUGUACUUCGUGGUGUAG